GGAUAAAUCACCAUUUCAUUAUUUGUACGGCCGCCGAGGCGCCGAUCAUGUGAGGUUGCGUCUCUUGACUUGGACCACUCGUACGAUCCAUUUAAACCCUCUCUACCUCACCCUCUGUACCCAUUGUCGCCUCGGCAGGGUAGAGCGAUUACCUUUUACGCAAUUUAAAAUUUCCCGCAAGACUUCCCUCUUCCAAAGAUGACCCCGUUCCGCAACUUCCUCACCAAAAAGCCCGCGCUACCGAAUAGCGGGGAAGCCGAUAACGUUAGUCGCUUGUCCGCAGACAGCCAUCACUCAACGCCCUUGAAUAUUAGGAAAAGCACCGACAAUGAACCGCCUGAAUAUAAAUUGAGUGUGGUCGACGAUAAUGGAGCGUAUCUUCCGCCAUCUCCGCCGGAAAAACAGAGCUUCUGGCGCAGGUACCCGGGCUCCAAUAGAUCCUCGAACCAUCGCGACCUCGUCGACGAGAAUGAGCCGUUCUCAAUAUCCCGCGAGUCCUUCGAUUCGUAUCGCCGGUCGUUCGAUAUAUCUGCCCGAUCACCUAUAAAUUAUAGCGACGCAAUGCCCUCUCGCACGUCGCUUGACUCACGUUUCUCCCGUCUAUCAACCCCCUACGCAAAGGGCCUGGAAAAGCAACCCACAUCGAUGGAAGAAGAACAAUUCGAGGAUGUUGGACUCGACGACGACAACGAAUCCAAACCGAAAAAGAAAGGCUUAUUCUCACGACUUGGCGACUUCACAAAUGAUAGCCAGACAUCAAGCAACUCUAAACUGGGCUUUCACAUCCCGGGCAGAAAACGAGGACAGAGCAACGUAGGAUCAGAGCUGGGAUCUAUGAAGUCACCACCAACUGUAGAGUCGGAAUUACGCGAUGCGUGAGGUUCUCGCAACCAUGAUAUAUAUUGAGUAAUGAAUGGGGUAGGCGUUCGGGGGAUCCAUUGAUCAGGGUUUCUUCCCGAUCGACGACUAAUAUAUGCGCUUCGAUUUGGAUUCUUGUGCGUUUAUGGCCUAAACACCAUUGCUAUGCAUACCUACGGUCUAAUUGAUUGUAUGAUUUUCUUUAUUAUACUGAGACAAUAGAGUUC